UCAAUCCCUCGUCUGGGGAUCAGAAUGGGUCUUGAGUGUCACGCUCAGUGACAUCUGUGUAGGCUACACAUCAUCUACAUUGCGAGGGAGUGAUAGGCGCGAUACAAAACACUCAUUGGACACCAAGCGACCAAUCAGUGUCAGAGAAACGGGCUCGAAAGUGGAACUACUGCGCCGGGAUCUCAGAGUUGGGAGAACGAAGGUUGGCACUUGAAGAAGAGGACGGACCACUUAAACAGACACUGAUAGCGCGGCACAACCCUCUCGUUCCUCUCUCCCUGUUCCCUCUCGCUCUCGUCUUUUCGCUCAUAUCGUCGUUUCUAUAACGAACACUGAACCGAGGUAAAAAGAAAAAACAAAACAAGCUCAGGGAUGUAUACGGCUGGGCUGAAUCCGUUUUACGCAUCUAAUUUUAGUCUAUGGUCCGCUUAUUGUGCGGGCGGGUUCGCCCUGGAUACGAUGAAGAAGCCCUCGUUUUGCAUCGCAGACAUCUUGCAGGCCGGGCAGGACCCGGAGGGCAUCCCGGGGUCCUCGGCCCUCAUGGUGCACAUGGGACACCGCGCGGCACAGCAGCAGCAGCAGCAGUCCGGCGCCUCGCCGCUGCGCCCCUCUCCCGUGGCGCCCGACUCGUCCAUGUUUGGCGCGCGGGUCAACGCGGCGUCGCAGUACCACAGACACGGACUACAGUUGACCUCCGUCUCGAGGACCUUUAACCACCAUCACGCCCCGCCGCCCUCGAGCAAAGACCUCAAAUUUGGAAUUGAUCGGAUAUUGUCGACGGACUUUGACUCAAAACACAAAGAGCCCACGUCGUUAAGAGAUCUGACAUCUAUUGUUAGCUCAAACCGUCAGUCAGGGAUCCACCACGUCUCCGUUCAGCCUGCGCCGGGCCAGUACUUCUCGUCCCUAGACCCCGGGAUGAACGACGCGUCCUCCAUGAUGAGUUCACUAGGCGGCAGGCAAUCAGGCAACCCGCAUCAGUUUCAGGACACCUUCCCAGGUCCAUAUGCGGUCCUCACGAAAGACACGAUGCCCCAGACGUACAAGCGGAAACGCUCGUGGUCAAGGGCGGUGUUCUCGAACUUGCAGCGAAAGGGACUGGAGAAGAGGUUUGAGAUACAGAAGUACGUCACCAAGCCGGACAGGAAGCAACUGGCCGCGAUGCUGGGCCUGACAGACGCACAGGUCAAGGUGUGGUUCCAGAACCGACGCAUGAAGUGGAGGCACUCCAAAGAGGCCCAGGCGCAGAAGGACAAGGAGAAGGAGCAGACAGACAAGUCGCCCGCGGAGGAGGCCGAGACCAAAGAGCCCGAGGAGUCCGAGUGCGACAGCGAGGCGAGCGAGUCCGAGUUCGAGGAAGGGGAUAAGAGCGACGUGGACAUUUGUGAGCACAACCAAACGAGCGUGAUUACCGCCGGCAGCGGGCCCGUGAUCAGCGCCGGCAACGGGACCGUGAUCAGCCCCUGCAGCGGGCCCGUGAGUACCGUGGAGAUGGCGCCGGUGGGGGCCGCUGCUGCAGAGACAGGGGCGACACAGAUGUUAAUAUGAAGGAACUAUGUCGUAAUGAGUGUUUGCUUUGUGGACAUUCUCUUGUGUACAUUUGUAUAGGCACAUUUUUGAUGGACAAUUAGAAUUGUUUCGAGACUCAUCUGGGGAGAACCGCCGUAAAACCAGGUUUUUUUUUUUAUUUCAAUGAUAUUUUCUCUAUGAUCCUUGACGUGCAUGAUUGUUUUUCCUUUUUUGAGGGGAAAAUAGGCCGGUUGUGAAUUUUGUUCGUUUGGAAAACACUUGUUUCACCUUCUUAAAUGUCAGAACAUCACGAGUGUUCAUGCAUAGUGUCUCGACUUGUGUAAGGCCUGCAUAUAUUUUGGUAAUAAUUUGCACUGAAAUAAUGUAAAUAAAAUAUUUCUUACUUUAAAUUUGAAAGACAUCUUAUUUAUUUCUGAAUGACAACAAAUUAUUAUUUUGCAAUUCAUUUAAGGCCUAAUUAAUUCAAUAUUCGUCAGUGGUGGUAGUAAUGUUUCUUCGGUCUCGUGUUUUAUUUAAAGGUUUUGGCUUGAAGAUCUUUAGGUUAUUUAUGUUCGUUUCUGGCUCUAACAAAUUGCACGCCUAUCCAAUACUUUUGGGUUAUUAACCAUGUAGAUCUAUUGUUUUUUUUAGAACAUUGGCAAUGGCUGAUGCAGAAUUUUUUUUUUUACUGAUAAAAUGACUCGUCGUCUCUUAAGGCUUUUUGCCUAAAUAAAAGAUCAGCCUAAUCCCUAUCCUGCUACAGAUCUAGGCCUAUUUUAAUGCAACAAUUCUAUAUUUCAUUUUAUUUUAUGUGAGCCUAAAUUAAGUCAAAGUUAAAACAUUAUUGCAAAAAAGGCUAUCUUGUUUAAUGUGACCUAAAUCAAGACAAUACAUUUGUGUCAUAGGCUUACCCUGUACAUGUGUCUGGGCUAGAGCAGAACUAGACUCACUCAUGGCUCAUACAAAAAAAAUGCAUGAGAGCCACUUCCUCCUUAUGACUAAAUAAUCAGUUCUUCAUCUUAUCUCUUCCUUUUGCUGGCGAAAUUCAUUUUAUCUGCGUAUUUUAGGCCAACUUGCAAACGUGUGAUAUUUUGCAAACUGGCGCAGCAGAGGGGUCAUCCUACACGUAGUCUGUAUACAUUAACCAUCCCGAGAAGACGCGGAUUUAUGGCCUGUAUUUACAAGGUUUCAUGCAAUGCAGGGCUAUGUAAAAACAUGUCUCCGUUUUAAAACGCCUGCGUAAAUGUAUUAUUGGUUUGAUCAUAUAUUUUCUAACCGUCCCUACGCU